AGAGGCCUUGGCGCUGAUUUGCAUAAGGUAUAAUGCCUUAUGGUGGCGGUCAUGGCUUGGUAGAGCGCGGCCCGCGGCCCGCAGCAGCCGCGGCCGGGGCGGAGCGGGGAGGAGGGAGGCGAGCGGCGGGCGAGCCGCGGCCCCGGGAGGAUGGUGUCCCAGCUGAGCGCCCUGCAACGGGAGCUGCUGGGCGCCCUGCUCAGCUCCGGGGCCACCAAGGAGGGGCUGAUCCGCGCCCUGGAGGACAUGGUGCCCGCCGCCGGCUUCGGCGUCAAGCUGGAGAGCCUUCCGCUGUCUCCCGGCGGGGCCCCCGACGGCAGGGCCGCCCUCCCGCCGCUGGCCAACGGGCACGGCAAGGGCAAGCUCUCGGGCGACGAGGGCUCCGAGGACGGCGACGACUUUGACACGCCGCAGAUCCUCCGCGAGCUGCAGUCGCUCAACACGGAGGAGGCCGUGGAGCAGCGGGCAGAGGUGGAGAGGAUGAUCAGUGAGGACCCGUGGCGGGCAGCGAAGAUGAUCAAGGGGUACAUGCAGCAGCACAACAUCCCGCAGCGGGAGGUGGUGGAUGUCACCGGCCUCAACCAGUCCCACCUCUCCCAGCACCUCAACAAAGGCACCCCCAUGAAGACCCAGAAGAGAGCUGCCCUGUACACGUGGUACGUCCGCAAGCAGCGGGAGAUCCUCCGGCAGUUCAACCAGACAGUCCAGGGUUGUGGAAAUAUGACAGACAAAGGCAGUCAGGAUCAGCUGCUGUUUCUCUUUCCAGAGUUCAAUCAGCAGAACCAGGGGGCUGCCCAGCUCGACGACGCCUGCUCUGAAACCCCCAGCAAGAAGAUGCGGCGCAAUCGGUUCAAGUGGGGGCCGGCCUCCCAGCAAAUCUUGUACCAAGCCUACGAGCGCCAGAAGAACCCCAGCAAGGAGGAGAGAGAGACCCUGGUGGAGGAGUGCAACAGGGCCGAGUGUCUGCAGCGAGGAGUGUCCCCCUCCAAGGCACACGGGCUGGGCUCCAACCUGGUCACCGAGGUCCGUGUGUACAACUGGUUUGCCAACCGGCGCAAGGAGGAGGCUUUCCGCCAGAAACUGGCCAUGGACGCCUACAGCUCGGGCCAGCCCCCGCACAGCAUGAACCUGCUGCUGUCCCACGGCUCCCCACACCACAACCAGCCCAGCGCCUCCCCGCCCAGCAAAAUGCCAGGGGUCCGCUACAGCCAGGCGGCGAGCGGCGAGGCGGCGUCCUCGGGGGCCAUCGGCCACCACGGCAGCGGUGCCAUGGUCACCACCAGCCAGGCUGUCCUGCAGCAGGUCUCCCCGGCCAGCCUGGACCCGGGCCACGGUUUGCUGUCUCCCGAAGGUAAAAUGAUCUCCGUGUCGGGGGGCGGGCUGCCCCCGGUGAGCACCCUGACCAACAUCCACAGCCUGUCCCACCACAACCCGCAGCAAUCCCAGAACCUCAUCAUGACGCCGCUCUCUGGAGUCAUGGCCAUCGCCCAGAGUCUGAACACCUCGCAGGCUCAGAGUGUCCCCGUCAUCAACAGCGUGGCUGGCAGCCUGGCAGCCCUGCAGCCGGUGCAGUUCUCGCAGCAGCUGCACAGCCCGCACCAGCAGCCGCUGAUGCAGCAGUCCCCCGGCCACAUGCCGCAGCAGCCCUUCAUGGCCACCGUCACCCAGCUGCAGAACUCUCACAUGUACGCGCACAAACAGGAGCCUCCCCAGUAUUCCCACACCUCCCGCUUCCCCUCGGCCAUGGUGGUGACGGACACCAGCAGCAUCAGCACGCUCACCAACAUGUCUUCCAGCAAGCAGUGUCCCCUGCAAGCCUGGUGAUGCUCCACACCUCGCUGCUUUUGCACAUAGCAACGGGAUCUUAUUUUCCACAACAUCCCGAGGGCGAGCUGCGCUCAGAGCCCGGGAGUCGCCUGCCAGAGCACAGCCCAGCAGCGAGGAGCCCGACACGGAGCCGGGGCUCCCGAGCCCGCCGGGGACCAGCCCGGAGCCGCCGUGCCCACCCGGGACCUGCCUCUCCUUCCCUCCACGCAGUAUUUCCAAGAUGUGUCUUGGGGAUUAUUUUCCUGAAGUGUUUGCCUUCCAAGAGGCUCUCCCGAGGAACAAGGCACGAGCUGUGCUGGGAGCUGGCAGAAGGGGAAGAUGGAUCAUGUUUAAGUUAUACUCCUCCAUUCGGCGGACUGAGAGGGACCGGGGUCUGUUACUUGGCGUUUGGAGGGAGGAAUUGCAUGUGUUGUUGAACUGAGCCAAUUAAACUGUAAAUAUAGGUACAGUCUGCUCCAUCCUCCCCCCUCCCCACUCCUAUACAUAGAGAUUUAUAUAAAAAAUAAGUAAAUUUUGUCCAAUGGAUGUAAACUACUGUAAUUAAGUGCAAUUCCCCCAUCUGUAUAUAUUGGUCCUGAAUAUCUUCUCUUUCUCCUUUUUUUUUUUUUUUUUUUUUUAUGGUAAAGGUCAGAGCUGAGGCUGGUUUUGGUUUUGUAUUUCUCUUUUUCCUUUAAAUGAGUUAAUUCCAAUCCUGGGGCUGGCAAGGACCGUGGUCAGGCAGCACUGGGCUCUGCUUAGGCAGACACGUGUCCCCUGCACGGUGACAUCCCACGUGAGGUGGAGCACAGGGUGAGCUGAGCGGAGCCCUGCAGGACCUGGAUGAUCCAUGUGGGGACAGCUGAGACUAAAAAUUAAUCUCAAUGGACUUCCCUGCUUUUGGGGACUCUGAGAUGGGCUCUGGGGGGGUGGGGAAGGACUCGGCAGCCUGGUGAACACAUCCAGCUGCUGGGAGGUGUCAGCAGCUUCCAGGUGAGCCUGGAGCAUUUGCUGCUACAGAGUGAAUGAGGCCACACGGAAUUCUGAUGGGAUCUUCCCCAGAUGGACUCAGAGGCUGUCUCCCUUUUCCCCUCCCUCAGGGCACAGAAGGGGCUGCGUGCUCAGUUACUGCCUCAUCUCCUGCCCAGUAAAUGGCCAGUACAGGUGGCUUCUUUCCACCUUCAGCAGUUGGUGAUGGACUUUGCUGGCUCCACCCUUAGCAGUGCACAGGGUGCUCUCGUCCUCGUGGUGCCAUGGAUGGAUGGAUGGAUGGAUGGAUGGAUGGAUGGAUGGAUGGAUGGAUGGAAUAUGGGCCAUGGUGUGAACGCUCCAGCUGCUGCCCUGUCCCACCUGGCAGCAGCUCCUGCAUGGAAAGCUCCACAGAAAGAUCUGCAGCUUGGGAAUGAUCCCAGUGCCGUGGUGAGGGCAGGUCCAGCCCAACACAGGACACACACCACAGCCCUGGAGGAGUUUGGGUGCCCAAGUCCAACAUCCCAAAGCCAUGGAAGCUGUUAAAGGUGUUGUCUGCCCUCUGUGAGACACGAGCUCCUCUGUACCUGCUCCUCUCUGUAAAUGGAUCUAAUACUCCCAGUUGUGUUGAUUUUUCAUUAACUUUGUGCCAUGUGCCAACUGCUGAGAGGGAUUUAGAGAGGUGGACAGCAGCAGAGGUACCCAUGGACAGAUAACCAUACUAAGAAGGAGAGCACUGGCUGCUCUCUUUGGGCUGAGAAAGGCUCUUUGACUCAGUUGUCUGGCACAGUGGGACCCUCACCCUUGCUGGGACUGACAGGAGCUGCCCUACGGUGAAUAAGUCAUCAGGAAUUUGGAGACCAAUAUUCAGAAUUACAUUUAAUUUAAUGUAUACCAUAAUUAAACAUCUUUUCUUCUGA